CUCUCUCUCUCUCUCUCUCUCUCUCUCUCUCUCUCUCUCUCUCUCCCUCCCGCCUGACGGCCGUCAUCAGUCUCCGUCGACGAAAACAUGUCUCUCAUCGCCGACUGCUUUCGCCGUCUGACGAAUAGCUCGUCCUGCAAAAGCGAGCUCAAAGGCUACAAAGUUACGGAUGUGAGCCGUACGCGGAAAAUCGGUGUCGCCUGUCGAAAUUUUCAGGAUCUGAAACGAAAAGCAUGUUCAAAAUUAAACGUAAGUAACGAUCCGGCGGAAGUGAAUGUCUUUCUCUUGGACGGAUCAUUGAUUGAUGAGGAAUAUUUUCGCACAUUGGAGCCACAAACCACUUUGAUUUUACAGAAGCCAGGGGAAAAAGUAUUGUCUGAUGCGGACAUUCUCUACGAUGCAUUGAGACGCGUGAACAUCGAUUUCCUCACCGCCGGCGACAGGGUGACGCAAUUUCUGACGGAGAAUCUCAAAGCAAAAGUCGCCUUAUUGAACAGAGUAUUGAACAAAGAUAACUCUAAAACAGCACUCAGCUCAAGGGACGAGCAUCCGGAGUGGUUUGAAGAUUUAGAAACUAAUUACAUGACGAAGGAAGCAUAUAUGCAUCGCAGAUGUCAGGACAGAAUACGCACUUACCUUUAUAAAACGAUCGAGCAGAUAAAGUGCUCGGACGUGUUUAUGAACGAUUACAAGGCGAGGCAGCAGCUCUUGCGUACCAUAGCAUUCUUUAAAAUUCAGCUCAAGGAGGAUCACUAUUUCGGGUAUUACUUCGACAGGAGUAGGGCGGAGACUGACUCUAAGGGCGACAAUGACGAGACCGAUUCCGGUCGAUGUUACGAGCACUGUCCUUGUAAUUUUGGUCGUAUUAGUGAUGAAACGUAUCUCCGUCAACGAUAUAUCCGUCUGCCUCAAUCCUCGGACACGGACGCGAUUGUCGAUUCAGAUACGAUCGACGAGAUAGAUGCGAGAAAAUUUCUCGAGAAAAACGCAAAAACGGCGAAUGACGAGAUACCGGAGAAUUGCCCUUAUCGUGUGAAAUCGCGAGAAAAACAAAUCGCCAUUUGCGAUAAAAACGGCGAAUUUAAAUGUGAGGGUCGAUGGAAUAUGGAUGGCUGCUCUUAUAGUGAUAGACACAAGAUCAAUCCGUAUAGAUCCAAGGAGGAACUUGCCUUAUUCUCUACGUGGAAUUUGGAUCACAAAAUUGAAAGGUCCAGGACGCUUGUUCCGAAGUUGCUUCAAAUCUCACAACAAGAUACGAUCAAUGAACAAGACAUCUAUGACUGUUACGACAAUCUGUUUACCGUGAAGAAUUUAAGGCUAGUCCAUAUCGUGUGCCAUGAUAAAGGAUCGCACAAAUAAGUGCUAAAUCUGGAAUUACAGAUUUAAUAUAUAUUACGCUUCUAAUAGUAUUGAUUGCAUAUGUGAAUGCCAAAGAGUAACCAUAUAUGAAUGAAAUGAUGCAUUCAGAUAUAUAAUAUAUAGAGCAUCUAUAUGCGCGACUUUCUCGCAUGUAGAUCUCUACAAAUGAGUAAAUUUAAUACGUUUAAGAAUGUGCUGUUGAUAGAAUAUAGAUUUAGCAAGUAUUAAUGUUACACUAUAUCGUACUUCCAUUGCGGCACAAAAUAAUAAGCAAUAACAUUUAAUAACAGAAUAUCCGCUUCAAAGUUCCAAAUAUCUGGAUCAAUUUUGUUUUUGAAAUAUUUCAAAUUCAAUUUCUUAAGCAAUAAUUUUUUAAAAUAAUAUUAACAUGUCAAUUGCAUUUUGCUCUCAUGAUUAUUGUAUAAGAAUUUAAAUAGUAACAGGGUUGAGAAUAAGACAAAAACUAGCGAAACGCGAGAAAGAGGACA